ACCGUGCAAGGGGCGGGUGACGUCAUAGCCCCGACGGGGGCAGCCGACAGAGUCGGGGGAGGGGGGGCGGUGGAGUGCGGGAGAGAGGUGCGGGGGAGGCCCCUGCGCCGCCAAAGGCUUGGGGGCACUGGAGUGGCCCUGCAGCUGUCGCCUGACCCCGGCCCAGUCUGGCGCCCGCCGCAGAUGGUGAAACGCAAGAUUCGGGCCCUACAGCAGCAGGCGGAAGAGGCAAAGACCGCGCGCAGGGCCUGUAACUGCAGCUGGAUGGCGGGCGCGAGCGAGCGACUCGAGGAAGCUGAAGGUGAUGUGGCUGUCCUCAACCGACGCCUACUAGUGGUCAUGGCCCUGCAGAAGCUGGAGGAGGCGGGAACGGCUGCAGAUGAGCGUGAGAGAGGAAUGCAGGUGACAGAAAACCGGGCCAUGACGGAUGAGAAGAUGGAGAUUCAGGAAAUGCAGCUCCAAGAGGCCAGGCACACUCUGGAAGGGGCUGACCGCAGGUACAAGGAGAUAGCUCGAAAGCUGGCCAUCCUGGAGGGCGAACUGGCCAGGGAAGAGGAGCGUGUGGAGCUGUGUGAACGAAAAUGUGGUGACCUGGCAGAAGAACUCAAGAAUGUCAUUAAUUAUUUGAAAUCGCCGGAGGCUGCAUCUGAAAAGUAUUCUGAGGAGGACAAAUAUGAAGAAAAAAUUAAACGUCUGUCUGGCAAACUGAAGGAGGCUGAGAACCUUGCUACAUUUGCAGAGAGAAUGGUUGCAAAACUGGAAGAGACAAUUGAUGACCUGGAAGAGAAACUUGACCAGGCCAAAGAAGAGAGCGUGGCCUUCUAUCAGACACUGGCUCAGGCACAAAACGAACUUGACUGUAUAUAACCAAAAUGGAAGAGUCUUGUUCCAGCAGAAACUGGCGCUCCAUGUGUCUUUCUCUUCUCUUGUAAGAAGUUUCUUUGUUAUUGCCUUCUUCGCUUUGCUGGAAAUGUCAAGCAAAUUAUGAAUACAUGACCAAAUAUUUUGUAUGAGAGAAGCUUUGAGCAGCAGUUAAAUCUCAUUCCUUCCUUGUUUUUCAAAUGGCACCAUUUUUUUUCAGCUCUAUUUUUUUCCUUUAUGUAGCAUUUAUUCCUAAGGUAGGCAGGGUAUUUCUUUGUAAGCACACUCUCUUAAGAUGGAGGGUGGCCGGGUGUGGUGGCUCACGCCUGUAAUCUCAGUACUUUGGGAGGCCGAGGCAGUGGAUCGCUUGAGGUCAGGAGUUCGAGACCAGCCUGGCCAACAUGGUGAAACCCUGUCUCCACUAAAAUACAAAAUUUAGCCAGGCAUGGUGGUGCAUACCUGUAAUCCCAGCUACUCAGGAGGCUGAGGCAGGAGAAUUGCUUGAACCUGGGAGGCAGAGGUUACAGUGAGCUGAGAUUGCGCCAUUGCACUCCAGCCUGGGCUACAAGAAUGAAAUUCCAUCUCAAAACAACAACAACAACAAAAUGAUAGAGGGCAUUUGGUUCCUGGGAGAACAAGCAACCCCACACUUUGAAGAGCAGAGACUCCAAUGUCUAGUAAUGGAUCUAUUUAAAACACUGAAGAACAUAAACAUUUGGGUCAACCAUUGGUUAGACUACAGGAGAGACCAGGGACCAUCACAUGGGGGUGGGGGGGGAAGGUGGGCGGGGUUGCUAUUGCAUAAACCACAGAUAUUAACCUAGGCAUCCUGGCCCUUCUCCACAUUCCACCAUGCAGAACCAACAUCCUCUCAAGUAAUCAGUGUGAGAAUGCUUGGGAAAUAGUCAUAAUUACCCACAUAUUUUCGGGAUAGAUCCUUGAUGUAAUGUUCUUCUGCAUAUUUAUUUCAUUCUAAAGUUGUUCUCUGGCUAAGCACAGUGGCUCAUGCCUGUAAUCUAACACUGGGAAGUCCCAGCAAGCAGAUCACCUGAGGUCAGGAGUUUGAGAUUGGCCUGGCCAAAAUGGCAAAACCUUGUAUCUACUAAAAAUACAAACAUGAGCUGGGCAUGGUGGCAUGCACCUGUAGUCACAGCUACUAGGGAGGCUAAGAUGGAAGGACUGCUUGAAUCUGGGAGGUAGAGUUUGCAGUGAGCUGAGAUGGCACCACUGCAUUCCAGCCUGGGUGACAGAGUGAGAUUCUGUCUCAGGAAAAAAUAAAAUCAAAAUAAAGUUGUUCUCUGAGAAGCAAGUGUCUCAUUCCAAUAAUGACCCCUCCACUCAGCAGGAAUAUGGUGGAGUUCAGUUCAAUUCAGGUCAGCCAUAUUCAAAAGACUACAAGGCAUUAAUAAAUUGAGCAAAAGAGCUUUAUUCUAUUAGCAGAAAGGGCCUCUCUGGCAGCAGAGAUUGAAAAUUGGCUCCCAUCACUUUGGGAAGCCGAGGAGGGCAGAUCACUUGAGGCUAGGAGUUCGAGCCCAUCCUGGCCAACAUGGUGAAACCUCAUCUCUACUGAAAAUACAAAAAUUAGCCUUGAACCUCCGCCUCUCGGGUUCAAGCAAUUCUCCUGCCUCUGCCUCCCAAGUAGCUGGAACUACAGAUGUGUGCCACCACACCCAGCCAAUUUUUGUAUUUUUAGUAGAGACGGGGUUUCACCCUGUUGGCCAGGUUGGUCUCGAACUCCUGACCUCAGGUGAUCUACCAGCCCAGCCCUUGGUUAUUUCCUAAGGCUACUUCCUGAAUUUCUUUUAUUAAAAAAAUUUUUUUUUGUUUUAACCUUAAUAGAAUCACUCAGUUUGGUCUGAAACUCUUUAAGGAAAAGGCAUGGUUCAAACAUGAUGGCAUCAGUGAGGUAGUGGAGUAGAUUUUGUGAUCAGUGGGGAUGCAUGAAAGAAUGCUCUAGUGGGGCAGGCUGAAGCCAAGCCCUGUUCCUAUUCUCUCACUAGGAGUUUAUCCUUCAUGUAUGUUUCCCCCAAAAUAAGAAUAUUUAUUAUAGCAAUAUUUUUGAUAUUUGCUUUUUUCUUUUCUUUCUUUUUUUUUUUUUUUUUGAGACUGAGUUUCACUCUUUCACUCACGCUGGAGUGCAAUGGUGCAAUCUCAGCUCACUGCAACCUUGCAACCUCCGCCUCAGCCUCCCGAGUAGCUGGGAUUACAGGUGCCUGACACCACGGCCAACUAAUCAUUGUAUUUUUAGUAGAGAUGGGGUUUCACCAUGUUGGCCAGGCUGGUCUCGAACUCCUAACUGCAGGUGAUCCACUGCCUCUGCCUUCCAAAGUGCUGGGAUUAUAGGUGUGAGCCACAGCGCCCAGCUGGAAGACUUAUUUUCACUUUUUACCCUUGAGUACAUAUUUUGGUAUUGUAUAUUAUGAACUCUAAUAAUUGUACAAAUAAUGUUUAAGGAAAUAUGAAGUUAAAAUGGAAAAAGGAAGCUUUCACUUUAACAGGAGUGCCUUGUGAUCAGAUAGAAUUUAGUUUGAAUUCUAACUAUGCCACAUGACAAAAGCAUAAUUUCAAGCAAGGUAUUUCUCCUUCUGAACCUUGGUUUUUCUCAUUUAUACAGUGUGAAGAGCAACAACAAAAGCAGCUACUAGAUAUAGUUUAUAUGAAAAUGAAGUGAGAUUUAUAAACAACUAGGCAGUGUGAUAUGAUUUGGCUUCGUGUCCCCGCCCAAAUCUCACCUUGAAUUGUAAUCCCCAUAAUUCCCACUUGUCAAGGGAGAGACCAGGUGGAGGUAAUUGGAUCAUGGGCGUGGUUUCUCCCAUACUGUUCUCAUGAUAGUGAGUCUCACGAGAUCUGAUGGUUUUAUAAGCACCUGGCACUUCCUUGCUUGCACUCACUUCCCUGCUGCCCUGUGAAGAAGGUGUCCGCUUCUCUUUUGCCUUCCGCUAUGACUAUAAGUGUUCUGAGGCCUCCUAGCAAUACAGAACUGUGAGUCAAUUAAACCUCUUUCCUUUAUAAAUUACCCAGUCUUGGGUAUUUCUUCAUAGCAGUGUGAGAAUGGGCUAAUAUACAGUGUCAGGCAAAUGUAAAGCAUCCAGUAUUAUUUUGUUAUUUAAGCCUCACAAAAAUUUUAUGAGGCAAGGAGAAAAGCCGGCUGUUGUCAUCAUAAUAAUCAUGGUUGUUACCCUACCCCAAUUUACAAGCGAGGAAAGUAGAGUUUGAUUCAAUAGAGUCAAGUUUCCAGAUCUCAUUUUCUUUCAUUCAUACCUGAAUCCAGGAAGAAAAAAAAUAGUAAAAAAAAAAAAAGCUCUUACGAUUUGAGGCAGCAAUUCCAGUAAAGCUUCUUUCUAGACAGUAUGGUUGCAAACUCCAGUUUUUCACAAGAAUUCAUUAUUGCACAUUGACAUAAUAAUCUUCCUUCAGAGAACAAUCUGAUUACUAGAUUAAAGCUAUUGUAUGAUAGUGUGUGUAAAAUAGCCAUAAAUUGAGGAAAUCACUCACAGGCAAGCUUAAGAAUGCUCAGUCCUAUUAAAUCCACUAUAUUUUAGAGUGUUGACUGGAUGCAAUGGCUCAUGCCUGCCAGCACUUUGGGAGGCUGAGGUGGGCAGAUCUCUUGAGCUAGUAGUUCAAGACCAGCCUGGACAACAUGAUGAAACCCUGUCUCUACAAAAAAUACAAGGAUUAGCUGGGCAUGGUGGUGCAUGCCUGUACUUGGGGGGCUAAGGUGGGAAGAUCAUUUGAGCCUGGGAGGUCGAGGCCACAGUGAGCCAGCCUAGGCAACAGAGUGAGAUUCUGUCUCAAAAAAAAAAAAAAAAAAAAAAAGUGUUAGGUGGGGUGUGGUAGCUCAUGCCUGUAAUUCUAGCACUCUGAGAGGCCAAGGUAGAAGGAUCACUUAAGCCCAGGAGUUUAAGACUAGUCCUGGCAAUAUAGCAAGACUCUGUCUCUACCAAAAAUAAAAAUAAAAGACUUGGUCAGGCAUGGUGGUGAAUACCUGUAUUUCUGGCUAUUCAGGAGGCUGAGAUAGGAAGAUCAUUGAGCCUGGAAGUUGGAGGAUGUAGUAAGCUGUGAUUGGACCACUGCGCUCAGCCUGGGUGACAGAGCAUAACCUGUCUCUUUUUUUAAAAAAAGUGUUAGACUUGUUUACAAACCAAAAAUAAGCAAUAAGCAUAAUAAAGUGCCCCUGUGCCCUCCAUUUCUUGGUUCCAGGGCACUACUGUGGUGCCAUUAUUGUCUCUGGUCUUGUUCAGUUAAAAGCAAAGUUUCCCAAAGUGUCCUGGGUCAAACUUAGGACAUUUUCUGCAUAAAAAUGGCUGCUUCAAGAAAACAGAUUACUUUGUGCUAUUGUCCAUUGGUAAAUACAAAUAAAGCCGUCCAGAUCAACACCUGCACAUUUUGGACAAUUUCUUAGCUUUACUUAGUUUGUGGCAUAAUUAAGUAAUCCACUGAGAAUAGCAAAGGCAAUCAAACUGGUAUAAACUCCCAAAUCUAGAUGGAGCCAUUUAAGUCUGUAUACUGAUAGAAUCAGGCCAGUCAUCCAAGGACUGAUUUGUCAUUUGGUAAUUGAAUAUGACAGGUUUUAAAGAAACCAAAGCAAGUCAAUCCAAUUUAGAUGUCACACAUUACCAAAUGACAAAGGGACCUGCUUUUGCAAACUUCUCUUUUUUGAUCUCCCCUUUGUAAUACUGACUUUUCCAAAACAAAAUGUACAGGUUUCUUUUCUUUAAGUAUUAACUGUUGUUAGUUUUCUGUUUCUUGGAGCCAGAGGCCAUCAAAGAUGCCUGGCCACUGCAUCUUCCUUCUUCCCCUCUGAAAUUCAGAGCCUCACAUGUCCCCGCCUUUAUACAAGAGUUGCUUGGCUCCAGUCACGAUUUCCCAGAAGGUGGCAAAGAUGAUUUAGGAUUGGCCAACACACAUUUCUCCCUGUUAUCUUAUGCUUUGGUUUGAUUAGUAUUUUCAAAAAUAACAUUUAAUAUGUUUUGUUUCUUUCUUUUGAGAGGAGCUCUUGCUCUGUUGCCCAGGCUGGAGUGCAGUGGUGCAAUCAUAGUUCACUGUAACCUUAAACUCCUGGGCUCAAGGGAUCCUGCCAACACAGCCUCCUGAGUAGCUAGGACUACCGAUGUGGGCCACCAUGCCCAGCAAAUUUUUGUAUUUUUUUUGUAGACAUGGGCUCUUGCUAUGUUGCCCAUCCCAUGCUAGUCUCAAGUUCCUGCCCUCAAGCAAUCUUCUCACCUCAGCCUCCCAAAGCACUAGGAUUACAGAUGUGAGCCACUUUACCCAGCCAAUAUAUUUUGUUUCUAAUUGCAAUGAUAAUAAAUGUUCAAUAUAAAAAAUGGAAAAUGCAGAAAAGCAAAAAGAGAAAGAAGUUAUCUGCAAUUUUGCCUUACAGAGAUAAUCUGUUAAUAUUUUAUUAUCUAUUCUUCAAAAGAUUUCUAUGUAUUUUACAGUAGGUAGGUAGACAUGAACAGGGCAGAAGAGAGCAGCCCUCCCUCACCAGGAAUGUCAGGAGACCAUCAGGUGAUUGUCAGGCAGUUUGUUAACUCUCUCUCUAAAAUAAUAAUUGGUCGCAACCAGCCCCAGGGAAACGCAGUCUCCCAAGAGAAAAACACCUAAAGCUGCUGAAGAUCUCAGGAACUGGGUGAGUGGGCUCAAGCAUGCACACUAAGAAGCAAGAUGGCUGAGUUUAACUAGCACAUGACCACCGUUAGGGAAAACUCGGCAGGUAAGGGACCAGCACCUCAACUGAGCAUGCGCACAACUUCAGUAACCACACUGCGCAUGUGGCCCCUCCCAACCGCUGGCAGGCUACUGCGUGCAUGCGGACAGCCCACUCCAAGGGAAGAACCUGGGGAGAAGGGAGGCAAUUCCCAGAAGCAUGCCAGUGUAUAAACCCCCAAGCCGAAAGUCAAACCAUGCACUUGAGUCUCUCAAGUCACUCACUUGGCCCUCUUUAUCCCUGCUCUAAAAACUUUUUUUUGUGUGUGUGAGAUGGAGUCUCUCUCUGCUGCCAGGCUGCAGUGGCACGAUCUUGGCUCACUGCAACCUCUACCUCCCGGGUUCAAGCGAUUCUCCUGCCUCAGCCUCCUGAGUAGCUGGGACUACAGGUGUGAACCACCACGCCCAGCUAAUUUUUGUAUUUUUAGUAGAGACAGAGUUACAUCAUGUUGGCCAGGAUGGUCUCCACCUCUUGACCUCAAGAUCUGCCCUCCUCAGCCUCCCAACGUGCUGGGAAUACUGGCAUGAGCCACAGAGCCCAGCCUAAACACUUUUUAAAUAAACUUUCACUCCUGUUCUGAAGUUGCCUGGGUCUCCUACUCUGCCUUAUGUUCCUCUAUUGAAUUCUUUCUUCUGAAGAGGUAAGGAUUGAAAUUGCUGUAGACCUGUACGAAUUUGUCACUGCUAACAGGUAUAUAUAAUCUAUAUUUUAAUUUUUACUUAUCUAAUUAUUUUUUAGAGACAGGGUCUUACUCUGCCACCCAGAGUGCUGUGGUGUGAUCAUGGCUCACUGAAGUUUAGCUGGAACUACAGGGGUGUGUCACCAUGCCUGGCUAAUUCUUUUUGUUGUUGUUGUUGUUUUUAGACAAGGUCUCGCUAUAUUGCCUAGGCUGGUUUUGAACUCUAGGGCUUAAGCGAGCUUCCCACCUUGGCCUCCCAAUGUAAUAGGAAUACAAGUGUGAGCCACCAUGCCUGGCCCUUAUAGUACAUAUUUUAAAAAUAAAAUUUGGUACAUUAUAUAUAAUCUAUUUGAUAAUCUGCUUUUACUUAGUGUAUUGUGAUAAAAGACAAUCUAUUGUAUUAAUCUUCCAUAUAGACAUUUGUAGGUUGCAUUGUAUGUUAGAGGCACAGUGAUUUACAAUCUAUUACAGAUAGAUAUAUAGGUUUCAUCUAAUUCAUCAGUAUCAUAAAUAAUGAUGCAAGUGAUAUCCUCAUAAGUAAAUCUCUGUUUCUUAUAGAUAGGUUGUCAGAAGGAGAAUCACUGGAGAGUGAAAAUUUCCUUAGAGUGUUUUGAUGUAUAUUGACAAAUACUCCUCUAGAAAAACUAUACCGAUUUGUGUCCUCCAACAGUUUAUGAGAGUUCCUUUCUGAUUAGUGUUUCUAAUGGCUUUUAGGGCCAUACUGUAUUUGAACAUGAAGAAAACUAAUGGAAGUGUUCCUUCCUUCCAGGAAAGCUAUCCUGUGUUGGAGAGAGCCUGGCCCACAUGGAGCUGUUCCUAUUUUUAUUUUAAAAUAAAUUAUUUGCUCUUUGUUGUUGGGAUAGGAUCUCCCUCUGUCACUCAGGCUGGAGUACAGCAGCACAGUCAUGGCUCACUGCAGCCUCCACCUCUCUGACUCAAUUGAUCCUCCCACCUCAGCCUCCUGAGUAGCUGGGACUAUAGAUGUGUGCCACCACACCCCAGCCAAUUUUCUUCUUCUUUUUUUUUUUUUUUAGUAGAGAUGAGGUUUCACUAUGUUGCCAAAGCUGAUACCAAACUUUUGGGUUCAGUCCCACCUCAGCCUCACAACGUGCUGGGAUUACAGGCAUGAGCCAUCCCACUCAUCUCCUUUAAAUCUUGAGUUAUUGAAUAGCAGUAAGAAUCUAAGCCUUAGGUCAAUGUCGAAGCAACAUAUAAUCUCCAGCUCUCCUCCAGGCCCUUGUCUACACAAAGCUGUCUGGCGAUCUGCCCUUGUUCCUGAACCUUGGUUUUCUUGGAAUUCCAGUCCCCUAAAUCCAAUCAUUUGACUCACUAGGGAACUGAGGCCAGCAUACCAGCAGGGGGUCCCCCCAUACCCAGAGGUAAUGACUCUUUAGAAAAUUUCCAAAAUGUGCAUAGUACCAAUAAAUGACCUUACCUGGUUCCCUGAUCUUUCCCUUGCCACUAGAGUCUCCUGGAUAAUUUUGGUCCUCAGUUCAUUAUUGGGAAUCUUCUGUAGUACCCACUCCAAGUUAAGAAGAUUCACACGGUGAACCUAAAUUCAUAUGAAAAUGCAAGGGACCAAGAGUAGCCAAAACAAUCUUGAAAGAAGAACAAAAUGUAAAACUAUAGUAAUUAAAACCAUGUGUUCCUUGCUAGUCUAGUGAUUAGGGAAAAACCUCAGACAACUGUGUGAUAUUGGCAUAAGGACAGACAUAUAGACCAAGUGUCCACAAAUGGACCCUCACGUUUAUGAUGAAGUGAUUUUCAGCAAGGGCAUCAAGACAACUUUAUGGGGAAAGAACAGUCCUUGCCACAAAGGUGCUGGGAUAACUGUGUAUCCACACUGCAGAAGAAUAAAGUUGGACCUUUUCCUUAAACUAAAUACAAAAAUUAACUUCAAAUGAAUCAUAGACCUAAAUGCAAGCAUUAAAACGAUAACUCUCAGAAGAUGUAAUAGUCUGUUCUCAUGCUUCAAAUAAAGACAUACCUGAGACUGGGUAAUUUAUAAAGGAAAGAGGUUUCAGUGACUCACAAUUCCACAUGUGAGUUAAUUAAAGCCUUGGGGAGGCCUCACAAUCAGACAAAGACAAAGGAGAAGCAAAGGCACGUCUUACAUGGCAGCAGGCAAGAGAGCAUGUGCAGGCAAACUCCCCUUUUUAAAACCAUCGGAUGCUAUGAGACUUAUCCACUGUCACAAGAAAAGCAUGAAAAAAUUUCACCCUCAUGGUUCAGUUGCCUCCCACUGGGUUCUUCCCACAACAUGUAGGAAUUAUGGAAGCUAUAAUUCAAGAUGAGAUUUGGGUGGAAACACAGCUAAACCACAUCAGAAGAAAACAUAGGAGUAAAUCUUCAUGACCUUGAGUUAGGCAAUAGUUUCUUAAAAUGACAUCAGAAGUACAAGUAGCAAACAGAUAAACUGGAGUUUAUUAAAUUAAAAACUAAGUGAGAAGACAACCCAUAGAAUGGAGGGAAAUAUUUUCAAAUCAUAUAUCUGAUAAGAAACUUGUAUCCAAAAUGUAUAAAGAACUCUUGGGCUAAGCAUGGUGGCUCACACCUAUAAUCCCAGCAGUUUGGGAGGCUGAGGUGGGUGUAUCACAAGGUCAAGAGAUCGAGACCAUCCUGGUCAACAUGGUGAAACCCUGUCUCUACUAAAAAUACAAAAAUUAGCUGGGCAUGGUGGCACAUGCCUGUAGUCCUUGCUACUUGGGAGGCUGAGGCAGGGGAAUUGCUUGAACCCAGGAGGCAGAGGUUGCAGUGAGCCAAGAUCAUGCCAUUGUACUUCAGCCUGGGUAACAAGAGUGAAACUCCGUCUCAAAAAAAAAAAAAAAAGCA